AUUUUCUUUGGUUUUUAAUUUCCAAUCGCCAAUUCUCUCAUUUUUAAUAAUUCUCAUCUGGACCCGCCUCUGCUCCCUAAUCACUCUCCUUCAAAACAACAAAAUAGAAGGUGUUUUUACCUCUUUCUUCCCCAAAUAGUUCUUUCAUUUUCCCCUAUUUGGCCUUGCCUUAGUUUGGCAAUGGAAAACUAGCAUGUUCCAAGAGCCAAAUAUAUAGCUCCAGACUUCAGCGGCACUACUAUGGCAGUCCCAAAACGUCAAUUUCCCAUGGCAGCAGCACAGGCACAACGCCUACUAUGCCUUCCUAAAUCCACCAUCAGAGGCACAUCAACAACUUGUGCUUCACUUCCCACCUCAACCACAACAACCCCACCAUCUGAUGACACUUUUUUAGUCCAGAAAAUUUUAUGGAACCUAAAACAAGGUAAGCCAAUCACCAAUUCAUCACUAUUAUUACAUCGUUUAAACCCGUCUACUUUUCUUGAAGUUCUUGGUAAUUGUCGUGAUAAUUUGCAUUUAGCUCAAAAAUUCAUCAACUUGGUUACUGUAAAUUGUCCUAAUUUCAAGCAUUCCUCGACUUCAUUGAGCACUGUGGUACAUGUGUUGAUUAGGUGUAAGAGGGUAGCUGAUGCACAGGCUUUUAUCCUUAGGAUGAUUAGAAGGAGUGGUGUUUCAAGAAUUGAGAUUGUGGAAUCUUUGGUGUCAACUUAUGGGAUAUCCGGGUCGAAUCCAUAUUCUUUUGAUUUGUUGAUUAGGACUUAUGUACAAGCUAGGAAGAUUAGGGAGGCUGUAGAAGCAUUUAGGUUGUUGCAAAGUAGGAAUCUUUGUGUUUCGAUUAAUGCAUGUAAUGGUCUUCUAGGCGGGCUUGUUAGGAUUGGUUGGGUCGACUUGGCAUGGGAAGUGUAUGGUGAGAUGAGAGGAAGUGACAUUCAGCCAAAUGUAUAUACCCUUAAUAUAAUGGUGAAUGCUUUGUGUAAAGAUGGGAAAAUUGAAAACGCGAAUCCAUUUAUUAAAGAAAUGGAAGAAAAGGGAAUUUUUCCGGAUAUGGUGACUUACAAUACUUUGAUAAAUGCAUAUUGUCAUGUGGGGCUUCUGGAAGAAGCCUAUGAAGUGAUAAACUUGAUGAAAGUUACAGGGUUGAGACCGUGUCUUUUGACAUAUAAUUCAAUAAUCAAUGGUUUAUGUAAGAAUGGACAGUACAGGAGAGCAAGGCAACUUUUGGUUGAGAUGGUAGAGAGUGGACUGGCCCCUGAUACCGCUAGUUAUAACACUUUACUUGCUGAGUGCUGUAGAACAGGUAACCUGCAGGAAGCAGAAUCUGUUUUCAAAGAAAUGUCGUGUCGAGCUAUCAUCCCUGAUUUGGUUAGUUAUAGUUCUCUUAUUGGGUUGUUUUCAAGAACGGGUCGUCUCCACUGCUCAUUGGCGUACUAUGAGGAUAUGAAAUCCAAGGGUCUUACACCAGAUAACGUAGUCUACACAAUUCUCAUCGGUGGUUUUUGUAGAAUUGGCUCUAUGAAGGAGGCUAUGAAGAUGCGUGAUGAAAUGCUGGAGCAGGGUUUACAUAUGGAUGUGGUGACUUACAAUACUAUAUUGAAUGGAUUAUGCAAAGAAAAGAUGCUUCAUGAAGCUGAUGAGCUUUUCAAUGAGAUGGUGGAAAGAGGUGUAAAUCCUGAUUUUUACACUUUCACUACGGUUAUAAAUGGAUGUUGCAAGUGCGGUAACAUGGACAAAGCACUGACCCUAUUUGAGGCCAUGCUGCUGAGAAAUCUCAAGCCUGACGUUGUGACAUACAACAGCUUGAUUGAUGGAUUUUGUAAGGUUGGUGAUAUGGAAAAAGCUUUCAGCUUAAGGGAUGAGAUGAUCUCUGUGAAUAUUUCUCCUAAUUAUAUUACCUAUAGUAUUUUCAUAAAUGGCUUUUGUAACAAGGGUUGUGUAUCCGAUGCAUUAAGACUAUGGGAUGAGAUGAUUGACCUAGGUAUCAAACCUACUAUUGUGACUUGCAACUCUAUUAUCAAGGGCUAUUGCAGGUCUGGUGAUGCUUCGAGGGCAGAUAAGUUUCUGAACAACAUGCGAUCCCAAAGAAUAUAUCCUGAUUCAGUUACGUACAAUACUCUUCUUGAUGGUUUUAUAAGAGAGGAGAAUAUGGAUAAAGCUUUAGACUUGGUUAAUGAAAUGGGAAAUCGAGGGCUGUCACCUGAUGUGAUUACCUAUAAUACCAUACUGGAUGGUUUCUGUAAAUUUGGUCGAAUGAAGGAAGCCAACAUGCUGUAUAGGAAAAUGGUCGAGAGGGGUAUUAACCCUGACAAAUCCACAUAUACAUCAUUGAUAAAUGGACAUGUCUCUCAGGAUAACUUGAAGGAGGCUUUUCGUUUCCAUGAUGAAAUGUUGCAGAGAGGCUUCGUUCCGGAUGAUAAGUUCUAACCUCCUUGCUGUUUAUGCAAAUGAAGCUUUUGACUAUCAAAUUCUGCCAUUUUGAGAUUUCCGCUUCUUCCUUUUUGCAACUCCCCUUGCUGGUGUACAAUAAAGGGAAUUGCUAGCUAACUGAAAUCUGGGAGACCCUUAUUGGUGCUCAACUUGUCAUCUGCUUUCCAAGAGCUGCCUGUUAGUGAGACCAUCAUCCUGGCAGAGAGCGGUGCUUCUUUUUCAGAAAUGUGCUUUUGGACUUAAGAGGGCCUUUUGGUAGAGCUGUGAUAAAUAUUUCCACCAAGGGACUACUAUGCUGAGACAAGCGCACCAAAACAAUUACGCAUAUGCCUAUCUUAUGUGAACUUGACGUCAAAGGUAUAUGUUAAUGACAUAUGGCUGCCAUUACCUUCUCUUCAUUUGCUAGUUGAUUGUUCUGUUGGUGGUAGUCAUUCAUCAAUGAGCAUGAAAAAGAUUCUAGUGGUAGUUCUAAGUGUGUCAAAGAUCUAGUUGCAGUUGUGUUAUCAAACCAAAUGAGUUUUAGGUCCUGCAUGAUUGACCAUACUAGGAUAGAUGUAUUGAGGACAUAAUUCGCCUGGGAUGAAACUCUAGGUUACAGAUUUUGGGACCACUUCCCGGUCAUUGAGAAAAUGGCAGCACAGUGCACUAAGCUCCCGCUAUGCGCGGGGUCCGGAUAAGGGCCGGAUUUCCACGGCUCGAACCUGUGACCUCCUGGUCGCAGCAACUUUACCAGGUACGCCAAGGCUCCCCUUCUUCCCGCUCAUGGAGAAACUGUGGAGAAUAUGCUAUAUAGCGAUAUAUUGCAAAGAUAAAGGGUUGUAAUAUGGGAAUAGUGUAAAUAUGAAGUGUUGUAGCAUAUGAAAAAUUGUUGGGUUCUUGGAUUUGGUUUGGACAAAGUUGAAGAAAAUUUUCAUGGAACUUGUGAGCAAGAAUGUAAAUCUCAUGAACGCGAUUUUAAUUUGGUAUCAGUUGGUUGUGGAAGGUGGGGAAGAUUGGAUUUGAGGUUAAUCAAAGUUGAAGUGAUUGUCGGAAUGGAUUUGAGAUUAAUCAAAGUUGAAGAGCUUUGCAGAUAUUGGGAAGUUCCCGGAAUGGCGCUACUAUCGCAGGAUUUAGAGAAGGUGGCAUUGAAUGAAUAAGAACCUUACACUAUACAAUGGAUUAGACAGAAUCUCCUCUGUUAAUACAGGGCAUGAAACAGUGAAGGGGACAGCAACAUAGUUUGGCCUUGGAAACAGUUAUGGAAGUCGAAGGCGCCCUAUAAAGUCAACUAUUUUUUGUGGCUAGCCUCACAUGAUGUUUGUCUCACUCAAGAGUCAAGCCAGCCAUUCUUUUUAGGGAGCGUCUUGCUGUCAAGAAAAUAGCUGAAAAGAAUGUCAAGAAAGAUUAUUUAUUCCAAUAAUAACCUUUGUACAGAAAACUAGCCAAAUUUACACAUUAAACUAAGAAGUAAGAUGACUGUACUAGUACUCCUAUAACUAAAAAGUAACUAGACUCAUUCAUCAAUAUCACUCGCUCUCUCUCUGGUUGUUAAUUACCACGAUAUUGUAGGAGAGAGCCUACAUUUAUUAUUUUUAGAAAAAGUUCCACCAACGUGUUUGUUCUUUCAA